CGUAGUGCAUUGUGGGAAACGCCCUGGCUGGAGGGUGCCGCCAUUUUGUCUCUGUCAGUCUCGUUAGCGGCGCGGCUUGUGUGUCUUGUUAAAAGGAGGGAAAGCGGUGGCGUAGCGGCAGCCAAGCGGGCUGACUGGCAUCAUGAUUUCGGCUGCCCAGCUUUUGGACGAGCUUAUGGGCCGGGACAGGAACCUGGCCCCAGACGAAAAGCGCAGCAACGUGCGGUGGGACCAUGAAAGCGUCUGUAAAUACUACCUUUGUGGGUUUUGUCCAGCAGAGUUAUUUACGAAUACACGUUCCGACUUGGGCCCAUGUGAAAAAAUUCAUGAUGAAAACCUCAGAAAACAGUAUGAGAAGAGUUCUCGAUUCAUGAAAGUAGGCUAUGAAAGAGAGUUCCUUCGCUAUUUACAGACUUUGCUCGCAGAGGUUGAACGCCGAAUUCGAAGAGGCCAUGCUCGCUUAGCAUUGUCUCAGAAUCAACAGUCCUCUGGUCAGGCAGCAGGACCUACUGGUAAAAAUGAAGAAAAGAUUCAAGUUUUAACAGAUAAAAUUGAUGUACUUCUGCAACAGAUUGAAGAAUUGGGUUCUGAAGGAAAGGUAGAAGAGGCUCAAGGCAUGAUGAAACUUGUUGAACAGUUGAAAGAAGAAAGAGAAUUGCUCAGGUCUACAACUUCAACAAUUGAGAGCUUUGCAGCUCAAGAAAAGCAAAUGGAAGUUUGUGAAGUCUGUGGAGCCUUUUUAAUUGUAGGAGACGCACAGUCCAGGGUAGAUGACCAUUUGAUGGGAAAACAGCAUAUGGGUUAUGCUAAAAUUAAAGCUACGGUUGAAGAAUUAAAAGAGAAAUUAAGAAAAAGAACAGAAGAGCCUGAACGUGAUGAUCGGUUAAAAAAAGAGAAACUAGAACGGGAAGAGCGAGAGAGGGAACGUGAAAGGGAAGAAAAAGAAAGAAAAAGGCGUCGUGAGGAAGAAGAAAAGGAAAAAGAGAGAGCUCGUGAUAGAGAAAGAAGGAAGAGGAGUCGUUCACGAAGCAGACAUUCGAGCAGAACUUCUGACAGGCGAGGAAGUCGGUCAAGGGACCAUAAAAGAUCAAGAAGCAAGGAGAGAAGACGAAGCAGGAGUCGAGACAGACGCAGAAGCAGAAGCCAUGAUAGGUCAGACAGAAAACACAGAUCACGGAGCAGGGACAGAAGGCGCUCGAAGAGCCGGGAUCGGAAAUCUUACAAGCACAGAAGCAAAAGCAGAGACCGAGAACAAGACAGGAAAUCUAAGGAAAAAGAAAAAAGGGGAUCUGAUGAUAAAAAAAGUAGUGUGAAGUCCAGUAGUCGAGAAAAACAGAGUGAAGACACAAGCAUGGACUCCAAGGAAGGCGAUACUAAGAAUGAGGUCAAUGGAACCAGUGAAGACAUUAAAUCUGAAGUGCAGCGUAAGUAUGUACAGAUGAAGAUGGAGCUAAGUCAAGUCAGAAGAAAUACUAAAGCCACUUCUGAAGGAAAACACAGUGUAGUCCUGCAAAAUCUUUUGAGGUACAUUGUUUUGUAUCGGCUAUUUUGUAGCAGACUCAUACCUCCCUUAGUGUGCCUCUUGGGAACAUAUUUGUAAUUAUAGUCGCCUUAGAAACUAAUUAUCCUAGUUUUUUAUUUUUAGGGGAUUUGUAAUCUUUUUUAACAUUUGAACUGAUUUUGUAAUUAAGUCCAUAUUGUGUUGGUGCAUCAGAAACAUUUGCUUUAAUAGUUAAUAUUUGAGGCACAUGUUGGACUAUUUUGUUUUUAUAUAAACUGCUAGUAUUUCUUUGUCAAGGAUGUUUCUAGUUUUUUUGCUUUGCCUUGCAUUCUAAUGCAGUUUGUUCUGUAACUCGAGAGCCAGUAGCAUUGGAUUGAUGGAAGUGUAGGGUUUAUGAAUAAUUGCAGCUGACUACCAUACCUCACACAGCGUUGGUGUUGUGAGCGGCCCAUGAAAAGCCAAAUUAAAAAUCAAGGAUUCAGUCAAACUAAGCAGGUACUCAUGCCAGGUACUCCUUUCUCUACCCACAUCCAUGUUUGAAUGCUGUUGCCUGUAAUCUUUAAGCUUACUGUUGUGUUUUAUUUACAAAAAGUGAAAAGGAAUCUUUGUGCAUAUUUUGUAAAAACUGUUAACCUGAUAUUAACUUGAUUGGAAUUUUCUUUCAACUGUGUGUAGGGAUGCAGUGCUGCCCAGAAUUAGAUAUCUUAAAGAGUAUUUAAUGCAAUACAUACUACAUAAUAAUCGCCUUGUUACAUUCAAUGCAUUUCAAGUCUUUAAGAGGUAUGUGUUUAUAAUUUCCUACUGCGUAGGAGAAAUUGCCAGGCAGCCAUGGCACGCAGCAACAUAUACUGGCUGUAACCAGACUUGGGAGGCAAAUGAAAAAUAAAGGCCAAUGCCAAGAACACCCAAUAGGUAUAUAUAAAUGCCAAGAAUACGUAUGGCCACAUUGGAUAGCUGAAUGGAACUAAACUUUCAAUAUAAAUCAUUUAUUUUUCCCCUGUGAUUUUUCAGAGUCAUUCCUUUAAGGAAUAAUCUAAAUGAAAACUCACUGAUUAUGUUAUAAGGAAAUAAAUUAAUCUAAUUUUAGUAUAUUUCCAAAGAGCUACUAAGUGACUACAGUGCAGGCUUAUGCAUGUUUACUCAGAGUUAAAUUCCACUGGGCUCAGUGGGGCUUACUCCCAGGAAGUAUGCAUAGAAUUGCAGUUCUCAGAGCACUGAUGUUGCACAGCUUCCAUUCAUUUCAAUGGCACUUGCAUUAGACUGCCAUGCAAGUUCUUUUGGAAUAGGAGAUGGUUUUCCAACAGCAUUGACUGGUGAAUUGUGACAUCAUGUUUGUCCUUUAUUGUCAGAUACAUAGGGCUGUAGGUGUAAUAUAUAAUUGUGAAGAAUUAAGCAGGCAGCAAAGAGUAUUUAAGAGUAUCAAAGGAAAGUAAUGUCUGCUCCCAUUAUCUGACUCUUUUUCCCCAACAUUUUGCGUUAUAGGACAGCAGUGUGACCAGUCUGCGAAGAAUCCAGAAGACUGCUUGACAUGAAGAUCUGCUUUAAAAUGAGGUGAAAGAAAGCUGUAGUGGCAUAGAAAAAAAAUUAAAGUUCAGUUAGAUUUUUUAAAAAAUAAAAAUAAAUUCAGGACUGUUGUGACCUCUCAGAGUGCAGAAAAAUUAAUUAAACAGGCUACUGAGAAUUUAAGUCCUUUUAUCAUUUUUCUUAAAAAGACUUUUAAGAUUAUAAACCAAUAUAAUCUGAA